AUGAGCGUAUUCACCAGGAUGCGAGAGCAGUAUUGUACAAGAGCGACGGCUCGAUCGUUACCGACUCCCGAGUCGUCCGACCAUCCGGAAACACCUGAAAGUGUAUCAACGAUAGAACAACAAACUUCCCAACAAAUUAC